AUGGAGUCUGCUAACCACACGGACCUGGAUCCUUCUAUCUUCUUUCUCCUGGGCAUCCCAGGUCUAGAGCAGUUCCAUACGUGGCUCUCACUUCCAGUGUGCUGUCUGGGCACAGCCACAAUUGUGGGCAAUAUAAAUCUGGUUGUUGUUGCCACAGAGCCAGCCUUGCACAAACCUGUGUACCUCUUCCUGUGCAUGCUCUCCACCAUGGAUUUGGCUGCCUCCUUCCCCACAGGGCCCAAGCUCCCAGCUAUUCUCUGCUGUGGAGCUGGGCAUAUCUCUGCCUCUGCCUGCCUGGCGCAGAUGUUUUUCAUUCAUGCCUUUUGCGUGAUGGAGUCAACAGUGCUGCUGGCCAUGGUUGAUCGCUAUGUGGCUAUCUGCCACCCUCUCCGCUCUUCUACCAUCCUCACUGACACCAUCAUUGCUCGCAUUGGGGUGUUAGCUAUGAUGAGAGGCUCUCUGCUCAUGCUUCCAUGUCCUUUCCUCAUUGGUCGUCUGAGCUUCUGCCCAAGCCGUGUGAUCCCACACACCUACUGUGAGCAUAUGGCUGUGGUGAAGCUGGCCUGUGGAGACACCAGGCCUAACCGGUACGGGCUGACAGCCGCACUGUUGGUCCUUGGGGUUGGUUUGUUCUGCAUCGGUCUCUCCUACGCCCUCAUCGCACAAGCUGCUCUUCGCCUCUCAUCCCAAGAAGCCCGGUCCAAAGCCCUGGGCACCUGUGGCUCCCAUGUCUGUGUCAUCCUCAUCUCUUACACACCAGCCCUCUUUUCUUUUUUCACACACCGCUUUGGCCACCAUGUACCACUUCACAUUCAUAUUCUUUUGGCUAAUGUCUAUCUGCUUUUUCCACCGGCUCUUAACCCUGUGGUAUAUGGAGUGAAGACCAGGGAGAUUCGUGAAAGGGUUGUCAAGGUGUUUCAGUGGGGAAGGGGAACUGGGCUCAAGACAUUUAAGUAA